AUGUCUCUAUUCGAAGCCCAGCCCCGCCCAACCAAAAUAUACCACUCCGAAACCUACGAACGUAUUGCCAAGUACCACGGCUUCGAUGGUCAAGGCAAGGUAGUACUCAUAACAGGCGGCGCAAGCGGUGUCGGCUUUAGCAUCGCCAAGGCCUUCGCUGCAGCAGGCGUUGCCUGCAUCGCCAUCGUCUCGCGGUCUGCCAGUCCACAGGAACAAGCCAAAGCCGCCCUCGAAGCUGCCUAUCCGUCCGUCCGGGUCCUACUCUUCCAGGCCUCUGUCACAGACAGCAUCCGCAUGACCGAAAUCCUGCAAGAGCUAGGCCCCGUCGACAUCUUGGUUCUCGGCGUCGCGGUCGUCCACCGACGCGAGAAGGCAACGGCCAUCACCGAACAAGAGCUCCGAGACGCAUUCGACACCAAUGUCAUCGCUGCCUUCAACCUCACUAAGGCUUACCUCGAGACGCCCCUUCCAGCCUCGGGUCAAAAGACGAUCAUCAACAUCUCCUCCGCCGCGGCGCAGGUGCACACCACGCGCCGGGUGGGAUAUGGAUCCAGUAAGGCGGCUGUCGCACAGGUUUUGCAGCAUUUCGCCGUGGAGCAGGAGCAGGAGCCGAACGGCAAUCCUGUGCGUAUUUUCUCGUUUCACCCGGGGGCAUUCUACACGCCUGCCGUGGCGCAACACUUUACGAAGGAUGAGCACAAAUGGGACGAUCUGGCGCUGCCGGGGGAUUUCGCGGUUUGGCUGGCCGGGCCGCAGAGCUCCUUUUUGCAUGGACGGCAUCUCUGGGCAAACUGGGAUGUUGACGAACUUAUUGGAUUAAAGGAGAGAAUUCUGCAAGAUAGGAGGUUCCUCACAAUUGGGCUGGUUCUUUAG